CACCCCUGUAGUCAUGGCAACUAAGACGGUGAUACUGCUAGAUCACCGGGAAGGCCUGCUAGCUAAGACUGAUCAGACUGUGACUAUAGAUGAGCUGUCAGCUGACAAGUCUAAGUGGACUGUUAUAAUGGAGGCAGCUGUGGAGUACACUAGGAUUCUGUUAGAUGUGUGCAGUGCUCUCCAUCCUGUGAUGGUGAUAGCAGCAGACCAGUCCCUGACCUUCCUAAACAAGUGGCAGUGUCAGGAGGGAAUGUGUAAGAUAGUGGAGACUCUAGCCAGGAUAGGUCCUCCUAAAGUAACUGAGGAGACACAGCCUGACCUUACUACUGCUCUUCAGCAAUGUGUGGAUAUGGGACUGAGUAAUUCUCUGUUAGACAUACAAAAGUUACUGUUAGGAGAGGAACCUGCCCGGCACGCUAGGGUCAUCUGCUUCACUUCCAUUGAUAACCCGGCGCACUGUGUCGACAUUGUUAACGAAUAUCUCGACAGCAAUUCUAACGAGGGUAAGACGGAGCUGGUGGUGUUCAACCUGGUGGAGAACAAGGAGAGCACGGAGUUAUGUGAUCCUCAUCACGUGAUCCACAAUGUUAAACCCGGUAACCUGUUUCAGCGGGUCCUGGAUACAGUGAUAAAGUAUCAUAACCUUACUAUCACCACCAUCACCUCCAUUCCUAUGAAGGAGGAACAAAGUACGAAUACACAAGCCACAGCUUACAAUGUAAACAUUGUUCACCCCGUAGUGGAGCUACCCAGCUGCCCCCGGGAGCGGCUAACUAUGAAGUGGUCCUCUCCUAAGAACGCGCAGAAUAUAAAUCUAAAGAACUGUGUAGCAACCUACCCAGUAACACCCCUUGAUGUAGCAGAGAGACCAACUAUUUGUCUUGUUAACUUCCUGCUGGUUGGGAAGCAGGUCGUACUGGAGUACCCCAAACCAAAUCUAUCAGUGGUUCUGAUAAACCACGGAGGAACCAUAGUGAUGCACUACAUAGCCAACUCUGUACGCUCUGUAUUUGACGAGCUCACCCCUAUUGUAGACACUCCUGGCGGAAAGGUAACAGACUACAGAGGUGAAGAGUUACAACUGAAUAUAAAGAACCUGGAACUGUGUCCACACCCUCCCCCUGAUGCUGUGGAAUGUGAACUGCCCCUGCACCGAUCACUUCUGGAACUGGAGAGAUUCUCCGCGUGUUUCCCACUCACCUACUCCACGUCCCCCCUUGACAGCUGUGGGAUUAGCCGCAUAUUUGGGCAUUCUUUGUAAAGACACCCUCAGUGACAGAGAGGUUACGGAGUGUCAACAGGCUAUUUACCGGGUACAGGGAAUUGAAGUUAAAAAAGAGCCUAUAUCUUUCAAGAGUAAAACGGGAAAAAGGGACGGAGCAGUACAAGAACUGUGGCAGGAGCUGGAGAAACUGAUCCUCUCAAUGGCCAACAUAUCAUCCCAGCACGGCAAAGUUAGAGACUGUUUGUACAAGAUAAAAGGGGGCACAGCCCUCAGUGAGGAGAGUCUCUAUGUUUCAACUUCUUCUGAGGGUGAGAUAAUAAACAAAGAAGUGAGCACAUCAAACCCCCUGAAAAGAAGUGUAUCCGAGAUGAGCGACAGUUCCCCGACCUCGGUCCCUGUUAUCAAGCUGGCUAAGACAGCUUCUCUCCAUCCCAGCAUUGCUGGGGAGAAGGUAUCCCUGUUGAGUGUGCUCCCGAAACUAGUAAGCAAGGAGUUCUCGGGGAAGCUAGCAGGAGUAGCAGGACCAGACGGGCUGUACGCUGAGUUCCAGCAGAAGAAGCACGGAGUAAUGGGAGGGAUAAAGAAGAGCAGUCCGUAUAACUCACCCCACCAGUCACCUCACAGAGCUUCUCAGUCCCCCAAACACAGGACUUACAACAGAGAACACCCUCACAGGUGAUCCUCAAGGAGCUCCGUUCUUAGAGUGAGAAGUUUUCGGGCUACCGUGCAGAACGGAUUAAUCGUCAGAUAUUUGCGUUGGAGCACAGAACAUCCGGCCAUCAGAUUUCAAAAGCUUUAGAGUGAGAAACUGAAUAUGUCAACUGAAGGACUUAAUAAGACUACAGUUACACGUGAUUGGUUAGAAUCAGAAAUGAACUUGGGAGUAUUUGAAUAACUUUUGACAUUUUUUAUUAAUUAUGAAAGUUUACGUGACGGUAUUUUUCGCUACAAAAACUGAAUUUAAUCUGAAAAACCAUUUAUAGCAUUAUUAAUGCUUUUCAAACAAAGUUACUACGAAUUCUUCAUGUAGUGCAUCCUGGGUUUGGACAGGAUAUGCUAGUUUAAAAUAUUUCCAUUACGUUACACUUACAUUACGUAAUUCUGAAACAUAUAUUAUAUUUAUGUUAAUGCAUUUAAGAUGGAUAUGACAAUUGCGAACGCAGGUCUUAAAAACUCAUAUUUCAAA